AUGGGAAAAGCUCAGCCCGGAUCAAUGAGAGGAUGGGGCUCAUGGGGAGACGCCUCACACCCCGGAGUUUCUAUGGUCCUCGCCACUGCUCUUGCACUCGUCUACUUCAUUCUCGAGAUCUACCAUGUCAAGGGUGAGCAAAACUCAACUGCCAACCCCAACGAUCUUCUUGCUGCUGCCGCCUUUACUCUCACCGCCUGGACCUUCAUCCUUAUGUUCUUCGGAAACGACUGGCGAUUUACCUUCAAACUUCAUGCAUUUAUCGCCUUUGCCGUGACUCUCACCUUCGCCAUCCUUUCCGCCCAAGAAAAUGCAGCAUAUGCUCAGACGGCUGCUGGUGUUCAGGAUCUUUCUCUUGCAGCCUGCAUUCUUGCCUGGUGUGCUGUUGUGUGCCUUACUCACGUUCUCUACGUCUGCUUCUGGAACAUGUUCCAAAAACGAUGGGAGAAGAAAGACUAUGCCUGGUUCGCAACUGUUCUCUGCUUCUUCCUCACUGUUCUUUCCUUCAUCUUGUGGCUCAACUCUGGACCUUUGAGCAUGACUCCACUUAUGACCAACUGGGUCCAUGGGCUCUUCAUUGCUGGAACUUGCUUCGCCCUUGUCGCUUGCAUCAGCUAUAUCUUCGGCCUCAUCAAUGACGGUGACCUUCUUGACCUUUACUCCGGAAUCGCUUGCCUGGCCCUCACCAUCUUCUGGAUCGCCGCUGUUGCAAUCACUCCAGACAACAUGGAAAACACCGUUUUCCUUACUGCAAUCAUCCUCACCGCCUUCAACACAGUCGUUUUGGCCUACCUCGCAUACUCUGUUGCCAAGAAGUUCUGGGCCCAGUCCUGGUCUGGUCGAAUCUUGGUCAUCACUGUCAUCCUUGUCGUCAUUCAGUUCACUCUUGCUAUGACUGCAAACCAACCCAACAGCGGCGCAAUUCAGCCAACUCCGGUUGUUACAAGCCAGAACUGGUGGCUCGGUAUCCUUUCCGCUGGUUUUCAAACCUUUAGGUGCGCGAUUGCCGCUUGCUUCUUUAGCAUCAUCAAGACCCACCUUCCAACCUCGUUGAACUUCAACGCUGCUGCCCUUGGACUCUACAUUGCCUAUUUCGUUACCGAGUGCUACAACCGAACUAAGAAUAACGCUGCGUCAACCAACCUCUACGACUUCAGCCAUCGAAAGGGAAUCGCCGCCCUCGUUCUCUGCUCUGCUAUCAUUCUCCUUCUCCUCGUCUCUCUUGUCCUCAAGGCCUUGACUUACAAAGGAAAGACCUCUGGAGACACCUCAGAGCCCAAACAAAAACUGAAGAUCAUCUGCCGAUCUUGCUGCUACACUCAGGUCGUCAACGUUGAUGAUGCUGAUGAGACCGGAAUUCCAGGACCGGCUCGACAUUGA